CAAGGCUACUUUUCCUGCUCAUGAAAAACACUUUUUUUCUUCUGUUUCCAGUUUGGUGAAUGAGGUGACAUUUGUAAAUGUAAAAGCAUGUAAUAGGGGUUGUUCUGAUCUGUAUGUAUAUAAUAAACACAGUGUGUCAGAGUGGCACUGAUGGCACCACAAACAGUGUCCUCCUCCCCUUGAGCCAGUGAACACACUAGAUCUGUCCAGCACACCUCGAGGAAGGUCUUCCUUCUGACUUCUGCCUUCACAGAUCUUCUCUGACUGCAUCAGGCUCUUCCCAGCAUGCAUUACAGAACGGUCAUGAUGUACACUGAAAUAGGGUGCUUCGUAGCAUGCGUCUGCGGCUGGAUCUUGGUUUGUUCCACGAUGCCGACAGAUUACUGGACUUAUUCUGAAGUGGAGAGUUUAGUUCUGACGUCUGGCCACUAUUUCUCCAACCUCUGGAAAGACUGUCUGUCUGACUCCACGGGCGUUUCUGACUGCAAAGAGUUCCCCACCCUGCUGGCUCUGCAGACAUACAUUCAUCUGUGCCGAUCUCUCGUCAUCAUCUCCAUAAUUCUGGGAUUGUUCGGGGCCAUUCUUGCUUUGGUGGGGAUGAAGUGCACAAAACUCGGAGGCUCUGAAAUCAUGAAUGCGAAGGUCACCUUUGCUGCAGGGAUGAAUUACCUUCUAUCAGGUCUCUGCGGUAUGUUUGCCUACAGCUGGUACGCCCACAAGGUUAUUUCUGAGUUCAUGGAUCCAAAUUACCGAGCAAAAAAGUUUGAGCUGGGCUCGGCUCUGUUUGUGGGAUGGGGCGGCUCGGCUCUCCUCGUGGUGGGAGGAUUCGUCUUCAGCAUCACUGCAGGGAAGGAAGCCUGCCGAUCCAGCUCCAAGACCCAAGAGAAGUCCAAUCACACUCCUUCCUCCAAUCUCUCUGAAGCGAACCAGAAGACACACAGUCCUCCGCUGUCGCCCAUCCCUGACCGAGCGAACCAGAGGACCAGCAAACCUCCCAAAGCAUCUCACGCCGUGGACGCUUACGUCUGAUGGCUCCCUUCAUACAAUCUAUAAUCUUUAGGAGAAUGUCCUUAGUAAUAGUUUGAGGCAAGUGUUUAGAAACACCAUGACCACAGAGAUUGAAACCCUGGUGUCCAGUCAAGAGCUGGAAGAAUGGUUUGAUAGAACUGAACUGGAUCUGCUGGUCUGUGCUAAUAA